AUGCAGGUGAUGGGUUCAAGGUCAAAAGUUGCAGAGAAGAGGCUAUAUAUGCCCGAAGAUAGCCUUAUUUCAUCAGAAAUUGCUGUCCUCUCAGGUCUGAGUUGAUGGUGUUUGCUGAUUUUUAUGAUAUUUCACACAAUUUAUAUCCACUACAAGUGAAGAUGUUUUAAAUACCUGCAUACAGGGUUGUUAUGGGUCAUUAGCCUGCACCAUGCUCUCACUCUGUGAAGACCUUUCUUUUCUCUUUUUUUUCCCAUGGAACCCCAUAGUAUAGUUUUCCAGGCCACGUAAGAGGUGGGAUCCUAUUUUGAGUUAUGGAAUACCUUGGAAAAUACUUAGAUGGAUAUUUUAGCAAACAACAGAGGGAAAUGCCUUAGUUAUUUGGGUACAUAAUCAUUGAACAUCACAUUGUUUCAAGAGCAUCUUUUCAAAUUUAGGUCAAGGAAAACUUUACAAAGGGUCUUGGAAAAUGUUGUGGAAGAUCAAUUCUUUGACUUCAAAAUAGUAUUAACCCUGUGCAUAUCAUGGGAUCUUUUUUUACACAGGGGGAUGUGAUUUACAUGGACACCCUUUGGUUAUUCUACCAUCUCAGCGUUACCCCAAUCUUGUCCAACUUAACCAAGCUGAUGUUAUCAGGCUGUUGAAAUACCUUGCUUUCCUCUCGAGGUUUGGCAUUAUUUUGCUCAUCAUUAAAUGUACUGAGCAAUUUUUUUCACUGUUUUGCUUUAAGCUCUUGUUGUCCCUAUGCGAUAUUUUCUUUUCUCUGAUUGGCUUAUGGCACCUUAUAAAAAAAUUAUUAUAUUGUUGUAAACAUUUACUUUCAAAGUUGUUGGGAUGCAAAAGUUCCACUUGCGUCAUUUUUUAACAUUUCAUAACAGCUGGUGAUGUAUAAAUGGACAAGCCUCCGUAGCCUGUUUCACGCAUUAAUUUAGUAAAAUGGAACAAAAUAAUCAAAACACUCAGCUGCCCUUUAGGCCUUUACUAUCAGUUUUUGUUUUAUUUCAAAAAUGCCUACAACAGGCUCGCCUAUUUGCAAUGUUCAUUUGCUACUUGUGGCUCUUCUUGGGCCAGAAAGGCUUUUAUAGAGUUAAAUCAGUGCACCAGAUUUCAUUUGAAAAGGGAAACACAGUUUAGAAAGUGAUACUUCUUUCCUAUAAGUAAUGGCUCACAGUUGCAAGUGAAUAUCUUGAAAUAUGAAUUACAAAGUAUAUCUUAUGCAGUGCUUUUAGGAACAUUAUUUAUUAAAGUUGUAUUUGCUAGGUCUUGGUACAAAGAGGCUGGUCUCUCCCUUCUUCUUGACUUCCGCAACUCCAGGACAGCUGAUAUCAAGCAUAUUUUAGAAUUGAUUCAGAUGUUCCAGGUUUGUCCAACCAUUACAGAAUUUAAGAUAAUUUGGCUUUACCAACCGAUCAUGUGUUGAUAAGCCUUCAGAGCAAAGGCCCUUUUACUCUGAUGAAGACCCAAUGCUCAAAACAUCAGCUUAGAAACUCAUAACCCUUUAACUCCCAGAUCAAAUUUGUAAUUCUCUUUACUGUCAACCAUACAAUUCUUUUGAUGUUAGUUCAGAGAAUUUAGCAUUGGAUCUACUAAUUAUCCCCAAAUUGAUAUAUUUCUUUUUUCUUACUACUUGUCUGCUUGAUAUUGUAUUGAUACUGUUAGGAGAAAUUCUGUCUUCAUCACUUAUGGGAGUUAAAGGGUUAAUGGUGGCCAGUUUACAUCAUCAACUCAGUUGAUUAAACCAAGUAUCUUAAUUAUCUUGCUAUACUCCUCUGCUGAUGCAGCACCACAGUUUCUUUAGAAACCUACCCCCUUUAUUCAUUGCAGAAUUUAGUUAGGUUUGGUCUAUCCCCAUAGAAUCUUAAAUUACAGGGUGGGGCUUAGGUAGGCCAUAAACUUUUAAUCAGUGGAGAUUGCCUCCAGAGAUUGUCUCUAUAGAAAACUUGUUUUUCAAUUAUAAAUUGAGAGCACCAUAUUUGUCAUAAUAACUUAAUUGCUUGGGCUUCCUGUUGUAAAGGCUAAGUUUUAAAUUUGGUCGCAGUCGUCGUUUAUCUUUCAAAAAGCACCUCCGGCGUUUCUGCGUUGGCGCUGGUUAUCUAUUACAUCAAUCAGCCGAUAACCUCUCACGACUCGUUUUUCCCAUCAUAUUAUUAGUAAUCGAAACGAUUCGAAAUAGUGUUGGGUUUACUCCUAAACACGUAUUUUUUUUGUUCAACAAUGCUUAGAAUGAACACUAAAAGUAAGUUUAUCGUUGAAAAUUGGCAUUUUAAAGGUGAGGGACGAUUAAGAGAACUAAGUGAAUUCCAGGAGGUGUUGUUGGUCUCACUUCGUGAGAUUGAGUCACGGAACCAGUUACUUACAAGUAAACGCUUGUUCUCUGUUUGGUAACGCUCCCAUCAAAGAGGGAACCCCAUGUCAAAGCCACUGCGGCUUCUUGUUCUAUUAUUUCUAUUAAUUAUUGUGCACAAUGUACACAUUGCAGAAUGACAGCAGAUCCAUCCAAAGUAUGUACAUUAUUUGCCCAGAAGAUAAACAAGUGAAGAAACAAUUGAAUAGAGAAAUCCACUCUCGCCAGGAAAGAGGACAGCUUGAUUUUCAGGUAUUGUCACCCCAAGAAUGCUAUCAACAUUGUCAUUAUAACAUUUCAUAAUUGAGUUGUAGUUCAUUCUUGAAGAGAGGUUUGGUUGAUCCUACUAAUUCAUUUCUGGAAUAUUUGACCAUAGCGAUGAGUAUUGCACUUUUUGCAUCACUUUACGUAGGCAAAGUUGACUGCUGUGUGUAUAUUUUAUUUUCAGACAGAACAGGUGAAUGGCACAGGAAACCUCUUGACCUUCAUAGAUGCCAGCCAAUUGCCUCCGUCCUUUGGAGGAACACUGUCGUACGAUCAUAAAGCAUGGAUCAGACUGCAAAAAGUACGGCAAGUGCACGAAAGAUUAUAAUUAAGAGCAUAUUGAGCAUAAGGCGAGGCGGAUGCGCAACUCUCGAACAUAAUUAUCUGGGUUGACCCAAAUGGGUGUUAGGUUCGCCACAUCUAAAAUUCGACGUUUGAACUGUACUUAGCAUGCAGUGCUACCUCCAUACAUGCGAGAGCUCUAGAGGUCUAAUCUUGUUGUCUUCCAAGCCAGAAAUGGCUCGCAAACAUUUGAUCUCAUCCAGUUCUGUAAUAUUCUGCAGGGGUCAGUAGCCUGCCUGGUUGAUGAUUUUUUUGUGUGCCUUGAAGCGUCAAGCGGCGGAACCGUGAAAACGAGCGGUGAAGUACAUGUAGUAAGAGGGUCCGGACUGCAUUAUUUCACACAUUCGGCCCGUAUUUUCGCUUUUCCCCACAAACCGAGUAUCUGGACCAGACUGGGAGGGGGGGGGAAGGUCAAAAGUAAUCUCCUUUUCGUUCACAGAAUCCUCAAUUUUUUGUCUAUAGCCACUGACGUUUUGUUCUGUAUACUUCCCUGUUAAAGAAACUGGAAGAAUUCUAUUUUACUUCUGAAUACGUCAUGAACCACCUUCCAAAAGCUGUGGAUGAGAUGAAAUCUUUAAAAAGAAUGCGCACGAAGAAAGAACCUUCUGGUGGUGAUCUGGUGCUGCAGAGAACAGAGACUAAAAGAGCUCAGAUAAAACGGUGGGGUGUUUCAGAAAAUAUAUCAUAUACAUUGUAUUAGCUGUAAUCUCGCCAUCCCUUUAGAAGUAGCAGUUUUGUCUCAGGUGUUUCGUCGAAUGUGGUUGCCUACAGACCAGUUUUCAAUUGAGUGUCAAAAGUAAUCCAUUAUUGCUUUGGCUUUGCUUAACUUUGCUUUGCGAUUAGUCCAGAAAACUCGCGCCAUCUUCUCAACCAAUCCGAUUCAAAACCGAAACCAAUCAUGAUUUGGUCACUCGCGUUUUCCCGCCUUUCAUGCAAUUUGCCUUUUUUUACUUGGUCGGAGUUCUAAUUGGCUUAAGAUGAUUUCAACCUUCGCUCCGAUUGGUUGCUGUGGUGACCAGUUACACCCACGACUAGUUGAAAUAAAUCACGAUUUGGUCGCUUGAUUGUACCCGCUCUUCUAGCAGUUUGCUCUUUUUUACAGUGAAUACUGGCCACAAAGCCACGACCCCCUUUACAGACACCCUCCGACACUGACUGUUUCAGUGAAAGAGAAAAAUUGAAGCUGGAAGUAGGGCUGGAAGGGAAAGCUCGAAACGGCUGCUGUAAAAAUCGUUCGAGACCCUUGAGACAACUGCUAGAAUAAGUUUGCGAGAACUUGAACUGAAAGCAAAUCCAAAUUUUGGUGGCCAGUUUCGUUAAAUUCUUCCUUUACUAAAUUAAUGUCACUCGAAACAUUUUAGGAUGUGAACAGAAGAAAAUUAUUUCUAUUUGUAUUUUUCCUUCUUUGUAGUGAUCUUACUCUUGAUUCCGCUCUCGAGGAGGUGCAUCAUUUAAACGAACUGUCACUCAGACCCCAACAUGACAGGACGUUCUCAGUGAUGUCAAAGAAACCGCAGUUUGCUCCAAUGAUGGAGACAAUCAAGCCAUACCGGGACAAACUCAUUCAGGCCAAGCGGCAACUUGACGAAGCCUGGAACGGAAAAAUUUCGUCACAACCGGUUGUAACUAGUUCCCAAUAUGAUGACGUACAUGAGUUGAGAGAGAACCUUAGUCGGGUGGGUAAUAGCAGUUCCCCGUUCACUAACCGCGAGUUUUUCUGAAGAGGAGAAAUAGUUGUGGCGAAGCAUUUGUUUAAUUUCUGAUAAUAAUGUUGGAAAUGAUUUGCUAAAUUAUCAAGAUGCAGACGUUGACGAAGCUUUUUCGAAAUGUGGUGUUUUCUGGUUGCAGUUAGUGAAGUGGAUUCGUGGUGAUGCUGAAGAUCAGUUGAACUUAUUCUCCCAAGGAUGUGUCUCUCUUCGCACAGCCAAUCAAAACAAAGCAAAGUUUGACCGCGAGUUUCAUCCACUGGCGAAGGUUCGAUAAUUCGUCGUCUCUUAAUGCCAAUAAUAGUUUUGUUUUGUGUUGUUUUUUCUCAGCCGUCAUCGCCUCAGUAGUUCACGUGGGUGUCUAGAAAAAUGACAAAAGUCUUUUAUUGGGGAAUUAAGAAAAAAGUAACACAGAGACAAGUAAUGAAAUUAAUGUUAAAACAAAUCAAAUGAUUAUAAACAGAAAAUAAAUAAAUAAACUAGUCGCAGUUUUGUCGUCUUCAGUUUUGAUAAGGAGUCUGUUACCUAUCUAUAAAGCGAACAGAAGGAGAACACAUGCGAGGCUUGUUCGCUAUAUUGGUUUAUGCGCACGAUAUAAAACAAAACCGAAGAAAGUGCGCUUGUUGUUAGCAAACCAGAUGUUUUUGUUAUCUUUCAGGAAGUCUUAACGCAAGGUAGAGAGUUAGCUGAGAGAGCCAACGAAAUGAGCACAAGAAAUCUGCGAGAUAAGAGACCGCUUCAAACAGCGUCUAAAGUUCUACUGUCAGAUCUGACAAGCUUUCGCAGUAAAGUCGAAAACACCAAGAAAUGGUUGGAAGAUUCCGUUAAUUUUUACAACCUUUUAGCGAAGGUAGAGUUGAACAAGAAAAUAGACUUUAAAUUCACAUUUUUAUUUCUUUCUAUUUUUAGGUGAGCGGACUGAGGCUAGCGCGAUGCGAGAGGAAGGGGAGCGCGAACGGCGAGCCACGCACGAAACAAGUAGCGCGAAAAUGUUUUCUUGUUCCAACUCCUACUCACGACCCGCCUUUCGCUCUUACCUCGCGUUUGCUUAAAAAACUAGACACUGACUCAGAAAUUUGCUGGAAUUCAUCCUAUAACGAGGUUUAAUACAAUCAAUUCCCGGUAAAUUUAGCCCUGAGAAUUUAGUUUGUAUUAAACAAUUUUCCUUGGUUGUAAUUUUUCUUUCUCCCACUGUCUUUCUGCCUGGAAAUGUGUUGAUGAUGUAGGGAAAGAUUUAUUUUUGAUCACUCCUGGGAGUUAAAGGUCAAGCAAGUAGAACUCACUGUUCUCUCGUCUUUUACUGAAGGUAGUGAAUAAUUGUAUAAGAUAAAGAGAAUGGAACACUUUUUUAUCGGUUUUAACAGGCAGAUAUGUGGUAUAGUAAAGCUGCCGAGUUUUGGCCGUCAAACUCGACCUCCAGCAAAAGUACCAGCAGCUCUGUGUUAUCUCCUGCUUCUAAUGGCGACUUACAACAGCAUGAAGAUAGAUUGUCAAGGUUCCUUGCAAAAUUCCCACCCCUCUCCUCUAAGGAACUUUUGCAGUUAGAAUCAUUCUUGGAAAAGGUCCCGGAUACUAAGCAGAGGAACCAGGCCAAGUUGCUGAUUCACCGUUGUAAAGAACUGGAAAAAAUUAUCCGAGCCCGCGAGACUCACUUAGUGGUUGGGAAUGGAAGAGGGGGAGCUGGGGACAACAGGAAAGCUGAAGUUACCGAUCGAAGUUCAAGGUUUGGUUUGAAAUGCAACUGUUUAUUUUUUAAUGAAGGUUUGGAGAGACAGAGAGAAAUAAAUGGAUUGAAAAUUAUGUUAAGUGUCCAAAAAGUCACAUUCCAGUUUUGGUGAAAGGUUACUUAUCAAGGCCACUUGACAUGACGAGCAAGUUUUAAUUGAGUAUAGAAAGUAGUCCGAGAUUGCAUCUUCUUGAGGCAGCUGACUUGUUUUUACUUUGAGUUCUCCUUGGCUCUUCAAGGUAUUUUCCGUUCUUCUGAUUGGCCAUUGUGACUACUGGGGUUUUUGUUUUUUCGAAAAGCACUCUUAAUAGUAUUGAAGGGCUUAAUUACGGGAAGUUCUUUUCCAGUAGUUUUUCUAUGCUUUUGUAUACAGCAAACAAAAGGAGUCACCUGCAAGUGCGUUUGUUCAUAAAAACUUAUCACUGUAGAUGCGGCUGUAGUAUUACGCGAAUAGGACCGAAUGUAAAUCUUACUUCAUCAGUUGUAUUCUUUUCAAUUUCAGGAGAUCCACUGGUCAGGUCCUAGAUGAACCUUAUUACAGUAGAAUCGAAGACCUCCAUGGUAGAAUCACGAAUAACAGGGAUGUGUCGCACUACCCAAGGCCAAGUGACCGUUCCUCAUCUCCAGGGAACCUCGUUCUCCCAAUCCCUCCCAGGAGUCGACCCUCAUCAGCAUUGAACGGUACCAUGAGGGACUCGGAACGAAAGCAGUAUGGUGGUCCAGAGCGGAGGCUACAAUCCAAAACUCUAGAUUCGCACCAGUCCUAUUCUAUGAACAAUGUGGGGCGCAGAGUUACAACGGAGGGAUCAGAAAGCCAAACCUGUCCACCUGGGGUGACUGGCAGAUACCUGAAACAUAAUGGUGGAAUGGGGCCAAGAGAUAGCCUGGACGGGUGGGCGGGGUACAAACAUUCUCCCAAAAGGGAAAUUGUAAGGAAUGAGAAUGUGACGUCUAACUCGUCCGUAGACUCCCAAGUGGCAACUCAAAAAGUUGCGCCGAAAAAACCAGAGCGGAAAAAACUUAAAAAGUCCCAGCAAACAUCGAGUAAGAUGGAGCACUUAAUUCAGGAGCAAACGAGACUUGAAAAAGAACUCGAGCAACUUCAGAAAAUGCGCGAAAAUCUUGUUCCUCCACUUGAUUUACGACAGUUAAAUACAAACUAUAUGAACGGGUCUGUAUUGCAUGACGAGUAUUGUCCGAGCGAAAAGAUAGUAUCAAGUUCUUAUCCAAGGAGAAGUGACCAGGUCAAAAGAUUGUCGAGUUCAAGAAGUCAAAAAAUGGUAGAUGAUUUAACUUCCAGUCCCACGCACUCAACUGCUAGACCGGAACUGACGUCGGAUGAUUCAGUGGACCGUGAAGUGGAAGGGUUACUCAGAGAAGUGUCGUUGUUGAAGGAGGAGGAGGAUGACACAGCGCCACUGAAACAUGCUUAUCUUUCACCAGAAAGUUCGAAUGUCCUACACAGGAGUGAACUUCGACGAUCGUCAUCAGAGAUGCUUCUGAACGGCUAUCGCACAAGCAUGCACGAUCCUGAUAUUACAAACAGCCACGUUCAGCAAAGCAAUUUUACAUCACUUCAAAAUAGUCCGCAAAUUUCCUCCGCACAGAGAAAUCAACCGGCAGCCCAUAGCGUAUCACUAGAUAAGGUUCAACACUUUUGCUUGUUAAAGAAACAGGAGAUGUACUGGAUGAACCAGAUCAGAAGUCGGCGACAUAUUCUUUCACAGAAACUCGAUACUCUUGUUCGGCAAGAUGUGGAGGAGCAAUAUUUUUACUCGCAAGAGGAGCUCAGUAAAACGGAAAAAGCCAUCGCAGAUUUAUUUCAGUCUUUAUCCCAUCAAGAAGUACAAUGGUUGUUGAAAAACGGCAUGGUGUCUUCGAAUCCGGAUUAUGCGCGCUCACCGCAUAAUAUGCACGCGUUGCAGACCAAUAAUUACGUAAAUCCGUCGUUACCUUUCAAUCAGUUUGGCCAUCAGUUUCAAUCUCGACAGCAACACCAGCAUGCUCUUACUCCUGUCGCUCCAGCUCCCUUAGUAAACGGUUCACAUACACCACAAAUGUUUAGAUGUCAGUCAACAAAUCCUGUGUUACAUACUUCGACAAAUGCUCCUCCGUUGUACGUUUUUGGUUCAGAAAAUACAGCAAGAGUGAAUAAUAGUUAUCAUUCCCAAGACGUUACAAAUGCAUCAGCAAUGACUUUUGUUAAGCCUCCUUCUUCCAAUAAAGAAACCCAGACUUUAAAUGGUGGCGAUCAGAUUCAAAAUGGAGUGGAUUUCGAUCCCAGGUUAAGACACGAAGUGAAAACGUCCGAGACAAUGGAAAAAGCCAAUCUUGUUAGGGAACCGAUGGAUGUGGGCGUUAGAACUCAUGAUUUUAGUGGGCAGCACCUUGAAAACGACAGUUCUGCGGCAAGGAAGCUUCCGGAACCUGGUACUAGUAAGCACAUAAUUAAGGCUGUUGAUUCUCAUGUCUAUCCGGAAGAUGAUGAAAGCUUGGAACGAGAUCUUGAAGCACUUGUCGGUCGUACGAUUGUUGAGCAACGAAGCAAAAGAGUCGGAAAGCAGCCUGUGCAAGUCAUGAACAACAAAGAUGUUCACUCUAAUACGGAUGACGGGCAAAAGCCCGUUUUCAAACAGGCAAGUUUUGACGAUCACGAAGUCGUGAAACUCAAGGCAAAGCUAGAAGAAGAACAAAAGGAAUUACAAGAUAGUCUCAAGAGAGAACAGAACAAAUUUAUGGAAGAACAGCGUCGGUUAAGGGAGGAAGAAGAAAGGCAGAACGAAUGGAUCAGACAGCAAAAAAUAGCGGAACAAGAGAACCUAGAGCGCAGCCGUCAGAGUCUAGCUAAAAGUGUAGAAGCGGCUCAGGUGGAAGAAAAAGACUGGUCAGUGGACGAGGUAAGAGAAUCUUUCAUAGAGUGAGAUUGUGAGAUUCACAUUGGAAACUAACAUUUCAGGCAAUAUCAUGUCUCACAUGCAUGUUGAAGCUUUUCUUAGUUCCUCUAGCCCGAAAUAAGUCAGAGAAAUUUUCUACUUUCCCUGGAGAGGAUUUCUGUCCAUCAAAGUUUACUCCCCCCUCUCCCCCUCUUUAGAAAUUCGUCAGGUUUUCCCUGCAAGUCAAUGAGAGUAAAUUGAGGAACGGAUCACGAUUACUAGAUCAAGGCUUGAAGCCAAAGUCGAGCCUUCAUCAGUGCCUCGACGUUUUCGUCUUUCAAUAACCAUCGGUACCAUAACUGACCCUCGUACAUUAAUUUUGUUGUUGUCAGGAGCGUGAGUCAAGUGACAGAGAGGUCCAGGAUAUCCGCCAGAAACGCCUGUCAUAUUUCCGAUCUAGAACGAACACCGAACCAGUUGACGAGGUCAGCGGAGCAGAGGAAGCAAUAAAUGCAGAAUCACAGCAGGAUUUAAAUGAUAAUGGUGGGAAGGAGAACGAUGCAGAGGAGAUUGAGAUGUUCGACCAAAAACUACCCCAGCAGUCGAAGGUUCUGUCAAACGAGGAAGAAAUUGUUUUGGAGGAAGAGCGCACCGAAUCAAACCCACCCAAUCAUGAUCGAAAUUCGUCUCUCACAGAAAGCCAGCUGGAGGAUAUUGACAUUGAACAAUGCGAUUUUGUGAGCGAGGAGAGUAAAAUUUCGCCAGAAGAUGAACUCAUAGAGCUGCUUAAGUCUGGAUCUAUUGAUAUGUCCUCGCCAGAACAUUCGAGAGACAGUUCCGAAGUACCCGAAGAUGAUCAACUGGUAUCUUUGGAUGUAGUCGAAGACGAUCAUGUGGAAUACUCGGAUGUAUCCGAAGAUGAUCAACGUAUAUCUUCGGACCUACCCGUAGACGAUCAUGUGGAAUCCUUGGAAAUACCCCAAGGCGAUCAACUUGAAUCUUCAGCGACAAACUUAGGUUGGUUUCCCUCAGAAGGGAGGGGAAGUAAUUUUGUGGAGUUAAAUUCUUCUGUUUUUACAAACGCUGAACCGAAAUAUGGGGCCGAGUCGGAUAGUGAUGAAGAUGUGAUAGAGAGAUUUGAUGCCAGCCUUCACGAGGAAGAGCCGCAGGAUUUCAAAGAUAAUGUCAAAGUUGAUUUAAAAGAAAAUGAACACCUGUCAAGUGAACAGCAAAUCGAAGAUGUCAUUGACCAAGGCGGAGACGAUGAAUUGGAAGACACUCUGUUAUCAGACAGCACCGCUAACAUCCGGGAACUUGUCGCGAGGUUGGGAGAGAUUGAGGACGAGAUGAGUGACAGCGGAGAUGAGGGAAUGGGAACGAGAGAAAUGACUAAGAAAUCUUCAGACGAAGAGUUCGAGGAAAUCGAAAGAUUAUUGUACGAGGAAAAAGCUCGCAUUGAAGCUGAGAAAGAUAGCAUGCGGCUGGCUAAGGAAUCGGUCAAUGAAUCUUCUGAUGAUGAGUUUGAGCAGCUCGAGAAAGCGUUAUACGAACAGAAGGCUCGAAGCGAAGGUGAUAACGAAGGUGAUGAGUCGCUUGAAGAAUUAACAAAGACGGCUUCUGACAAAGAAUUCGAGCAACUCGAAAAAAUGGCAUUCGAUUUAGAACCUGCUAAAGAGUUGAAAAAAGGAGAAUAUCAGCAAAAACGUGACGGCGCUAUGAAGAACCAAUCAGAAGUCGUUAAACGUUCAAAUCAUGUCGCCUCAUUUCCGAACUUUCCUGUUUCUACGAGAAAAGCCGAUGAAGAAGACGAUCUUCUUGAUAUUAUUGGCUCUAGCGACUCUGACGACACACUGAGUUCAGGAGAUGAGGAAGAUCAACCCAAACUUUUCGUCGCCGAGGCUUCCGAUGACCGAGAGACACUGGGCUCUGAUGAAGAGGAGAAAGUUCCUGUGUUGUGGACUGUGUCAGCUCGUACCAGUGCCCCCGCACCGCCCGUGAGCGCGGCAGUUGCGAGUGAACACAACGUCGCGUUUGUGAGUAUCAGACUAAAUGAACUUGUAACGAAAAAAAUUUGAAAUCAUGUUUUUUUAAGGUAGCAAAUGGCAAAAGGGAAUGGAGGAUAUAGGGGAAAACCAAGUAAAAAUAGCGAGAUUGCAAACAAUGCAGACUACUAAUGCAGCCGUGCAUUUUAUUACUGGUUGCGCCGUUCGUAGCAUAUUGUUUUGAAUAUAUCUAAACUGUAGUAUGAGAUCGUUGGCCUGUGAGGCGCGCCAUGCUAAAUUAUUUACUCUCGAGUUAAUUGUGAAUCUGAGCCGUAAGGCGUGUAUUGGUAUAGUUUAUUUUGAUGCAGUCUACGGCAUUUGUUAACUUGAAACAAAGUGAUCUUUUGACGAACAGUUAAUGUUUUGCUUCACAGGAGCGUAGUGGAGGAGUUGUAGCAGUAAUCGAUAAUGGCUCCGGUUUUUGUAAAGCUGGCUUCUCCAAUGAACAGCAGCCACGCGUGGUUUUCCCAGCAGUCGUUGGUAAACCUCGACAUCAGGUUAGUUGGAAGCCAUAGUCGAUUAAAAAAGAGGAGGAAUUCGUGCGGAAGCUUGUUUUUGUAAAUAUUAUCUAAUUAUAUGGUCAACAAAAGCCGGUACAGGACAACUUAAAUUUGUUCUUUACACGUUUGCACACGUCCACGUGGGAACUCUUUUUCACUGAGAUAGUUUGGUUGUUGAUUAAUGAAUGAAGGCAACUGAAGAUUAAUAUGUGGUUGAAAUUAAAAAGAUAAAUCUUUAAAACCAGUCCUUCUUUGGUUUAAAUUUGUCAGGAGGCCAUGAUGCAAGAUUACAGAGAUCACUAUGUCGGUGAUGAAGCACAAAACAUGCGCGGUGUGUUGACUCUUAAGUACCCGUUGGAGCAUGGGAUUGUAAUGAACUGGGAUGACAUGGAAUCGGUUUGUUUCUAUCGUUGUUCUCUUUGCGAUAUUAGUUUACUGCCCGCCUAAGUUUUCCUUUAAGUUGAUUAAAGUGGUCUUGUGGGCUUUGGCUCAUGUGUCAAUGUGCCUUUUUGUCUGUGUGACUGUCUGUCUUAUUUCGUGGAAAGAGGGCCAACUUUAAUUCUUAAGCAGAAUUCCUAUGGUUUUUACUGCUGCAAGGAUUCUGCUGUCGAGCGAGAAGCAGUUGAGAUUUUUAACUAUUUAAGAUCUACUUACAAGGCUUAUAUUCGUGUGCAGUGUUCCCAGUUAGCUCAGAGGUGACGAAACAUCUGAACUUCUUCUUCACAGAUUUGGGGUUACACUUAUGACCAGCUGCGGGUGCUGUCCCAGGAUUACCCGGUCAUGUUGACAGAGGCACCCUUGAACCCAAAGUACAACAGAGAGCGUAUGCUACAGAUCAUGUUUGAGACAUUUGAGGUGCCAUGUCUGUACAUAGCUGUGCAGGCUGUCAUGGCCUUGUAUUCUACGGGACGAACUACUGGUAAGUUUAGAUCUAGGUAUAUAUUCUACAUUAUCCUGGUAGUGAGAGAUACAUGAUGAGUUGUGAACAACUAAUCCUGUUUCCUCCAAGACAGAGCUUUUCCACACCCCCCCUCCCUCCCCCUCAAGACAGAACGCUCUCGUGAUCCUAGAUUCAAGGAACCUUUUGUCAUGAAAAGCUGAUUUAUUUUACUCUCAAAGAAUAGCCUCAACCAGUAUAAAAAUCUGUUGAAAGGGAUAACUUUUUCCCUUUAUAUUUAUUCUCUCAGGAAAGCCUCAACUUCUUUAUUCUGUUGAGGACUUCUUUUUCCCCCUUGUCACUCAGGCACCGUUUUUGACUGCGGUGACGGAGUGAGCCAUACUGUUCCAGUUUAUGAGGGCUACUGGCUCCCUCACGCCACCCAGAGAAUGAACCUCGCGGGAAGGGACCUCACCAAGUACAUGAUGAGAAUCCUUACGGAGCGGGGUUACUCGUUUACGACCACAGCGGAGAGAGAGAUCAUACGCGACAUUAAGGAGAAACUUGCCUAUGUGGCCCUUGAUUUUGAGCACGAACUGCAGGAGUCUGAGACAAGUGACAAAUUUGAGGAGUUAUAUAUGGUAUGUUAUGGACUUAAGUUCGUGGAGCUCCUUUUGUGAUCAAAUACCGCUCUUACUUCACCGCACGGUAAAGAUGAAAUCCUUUCUCUUGUUGUUCCACAGCUUCCUGAUGGUCAGUCCAUACGCGUGGCAAAUGAGCGAUUCCGCUGCCCAGAAGUAUUAUUCAAUCCCAGCAUGCUUGGCAUGGACAUGGUUGGAAUACACGAAUCCAUUUACAACUGUAUCAAGAAAUGCGACAUUGACAUCAGAAAGGACUUACUUGAAAACAUAUUACUAUCAGGUACGACUCACUAAGACUUGUUCGUAAUUCAGCGUGAAACAGUUAUCUUGAUGUCAUGUCUCGUGUGUACUGAAAUAUAUAGUGAACACCGUUGUGAAAUGAGAAUUUCAACAUGAAGAGAUGAGAAGCAUCCUGCUUUGCAGGGGUCUUAAAAUGGAAUUUGAGUGGGUGCUAUCAGUGUGGAGAAAGGGGAUCAGAGCGGGCAAAGGUGGAUAUUCUUUUAUCCUUCCCCUACCUGCACCUCUUUCCACACGUCUAUCGUCCAUACCCACGACAUAAAUGUCUAUCUUCCUCCCCCAAACUUCCUUUUGCAAUAAACAUCCAGGAUAAACUUUCCAAUUAGCGGUCGCCUGCCAAAAAUCGUCAGCACUUCAAGUUUUCUUAAAUUACAUUUAAUAUCUUUCUUGGUCACUUAUCCUCUUUUAAAGGUGGAAGUACAAUGUUACCUGGACUUCCUGAUCGCCUUCAUAAGGAGAUAUCAACUCUUGUUAAUCCACGUGACCCUGGCCGGGUCAGAGUUGUCAGCCCUGAUGACCGGAAGUACGCUGUAUGGAGCGGAAGUGCCGUGUUGGCUGGACUCUCAACAUUCCCACAGAUGUGUAUUUCUGUGCAGGAGUACGACGAAAUGGGACCAGAAAUUGUGCAUAGAAAAUGCUUUUGAUUUCGCUGCAAAGUUUAGCUGAGAAAAACCCGAAUAUUUCGACUAUAAUAAUGACCAAUUCAUGAUAUUAAUGUUACAGUUACCAGGUACAUGAGAUGUUGAUAUGUAGCCAAUUAAUUUAUGGAUAGUUUUUUUUUUAAAGACAAAUGUUACAGGUACAGUUAUUCUGCUCUAUUUAUUUGCCAGGUCACACAGGAAAGAAAUACUACAUGCACCUAGUUUAAUUUAAAUGCAUUUUUAUCAGAUUUUGAUCGUCAUAUUUUUUAAUUUUUGUAUGCCAGAUACAACACAAUUACAAGUCAUAAGAUAUUACCAUUUUGCUCGGACACUUUGAUGCGCCAGCCAUCAAACUUUUGUCAGGAACCCGUAACCCUUUAACUCCCAAGAUCUCAUUAGAAAUUCUCCUUACUGUCUGCCAUGCAGAGGAUUUACACAUCGUAAAGGACUCUGAAG